AUGGCUCCGAAACAGUCAGAAACCAUGCAGAUCAAAGAUGAGAUGAGAGGUGAAACAGAAGACAUGAAGAAGGAAGCAGUACUUACCCAAACUUUGCCGUUUAGUAAGCUUUUGAGCUACGCAGAUGCAUUGGACUGGACUUUGAUGGCUCUGGGGACGCUGGGGUCUAUCGUCCACGGCUUGGCACAACCCAUUGGUUAUCUACUGCUUGGCAAAGCCCUCAAUGCAUUUGGUGCCAACAUCAAUGACACUGAUGCCAUGGUUGCAGCUCUCUACAAGGUUGUUCCAUAUGUAUGGUACAUGGCCAUUGCCACAUUUCCUGCUGGAGUACUAGAGAUUGGAUGCUGGAUGUAUGCAAGUGAAAGGCAAGUAGCACGUUUAAGAUUAGCAUUCCUAAAAGCAGUGCUAAGACAAGAGAUCGGGGCUUUCGAUACGGACUUGACAAGCGGGAAAAUCAUCAGUGGCAUAAGCACACACAUGAACAUCAUACAAGAUGCGAUCGGAGAGAAGUUGGGCCAUUUUCUGUCAAACUUGGCAACCUUCUUUUCUGGAGUCUUGAUAGCUUUCAUAUGUAGUUGGGAAGUGUCACUGCUUGCAUUGGUGGUUGUUCCUAUUAUUCUUGUAAUUGGAGCUACUUAUACAAAGAAAAUGAACACAAUUUCAGCUGCUAAGAUCAUUUACCUGUCAAAAGCUACAUCAAUGGUAGAACAGACAGUGUCUCAAAUAAAGACAGUUUUUGCGUUUGCCGGAGAGGGUUCUGCAACUAAGUCUUUCUCAGAGUGCAUGGAGAGACAAUUAGCGAUAAGCAAAGGAGAAGCAUUGAUAAAGGGCGUUGGAACGGGUAUGUUCCAGACCGUGACCUUCUGUUCUUGGGCUCUAAUAGUAUGGAUUGGAGCUAUUGUUGUCAAAGCCAAGAGAUCAAGUGGAGGAGAUGUCAUAGCUGCAGUGAUGAGCAUUCUCUUUGGAGCUAUAUCACUCACUCAUGCUGCACCAGACAUGCAAAUCUUCAAUCAGGCAAAGGCUGCAGGAAAGGAAGUUUUUCAAGUGAUCAAAAGAAAUCCCAUAAUAAGUUACGACUCGAAAGGGAAAACUUUUGAGGUGAUUCAGGGUGACAUUGACAUUCGUGAUGUAUACUUCGCUUACCCAUCCCGGCAGGAGAACUUGAUCCUUCAAGGGUUUUCAUUGUCGAUCCCAGCAGGAAAGGUAGUGGCUUUAGUGGGUAGUAGUGGGUGUGGGAAGAGCACUGUUAUCUCCCUAGUGGCAAGAUUUUAUGAUCCCUCAAAAGGAAUUCUGCAAAAGACUAACGAAGUGUUCAACCUGUCAGGUGAGAUUCUCAUCGACGGCCACAAUAUUAAGGAUCUUGAUUUGAAAUUCCUCAGGAAAAAUAUAGGAGCAGUUUCUCAGGAACCAUCACUUUUUGCUGGCACCAUCAAGGAUAACAUGAAGGUAGGAAACAUAUGUGCAGAUGAUCAAGAGAUCCAUGAUGCAGUACUCAAGGCAAAUGCACACGAUUUCAUAUCCCAACUUCCAAAUCAGUACUUAACAGAGAUCACCAAUGCUGUGACUGUAGGAGAAAGGGGCGUCCAACUAUCAGGUGGACAGAAACAGAGAAUUGCAAUAGCAAGAGCCAUUCUAAAGAACCCUCCGAUACUUUUGCUUGAUGAGGCCACCAGUGCACUUGAUUCAGACUCAGAGAAGCUAGUUCAAAAUGCCCUAGAGACAGCAAUGCAAGAUAGGACAGUCAUCUUAAUUGCACACCGGAUGUCAACUGUUAUUAAUGCAGAUGUGAUUGCAGUUGUAGAGAAUGGACAAGUUACAGAUACAGGAAGACAUCGUGACUUGUUAAAUACCAGUAAAUUCUACAACAACUUAUUUAGCAUGCAGAAUAUUGACCAAGUAGAUCAUUCCAGGGUUGCAGAUACUACUGAAGAUCCUGAAUGCCAACAACAGGUCUCACCUCAAUGCCUAGAGAAACCUGAAGAACCAUCAAAUCUCAACAGAGAUCUCACAGAUCUUCCCAAACAAGAGGAGAAGAGCGAGAGAAGAAAAAAAAAUAUAUUCUUCAGAAUCUGGUUUGGCUUGAAGAAAAGUGAGCUUGUAAAGACUGCUGCUGGAUCUUUUGCAGCAGCCUUUUCUGGUAUCUCGAAGCCUUUUUUUGGAUUCUUCAUCAUAACAAUAGGAGUAACAUAUUACCAGGAUGAUUCGCAGACGAAAGUUGGACACUAUUCAAUAAUCUUUUCCUCAAUAGGACUGCUUUCACUGUUCAGCCACACCUUGCAGCAUUAUUUCUUUGGAGUGGUUGGAGAGAAGGCCAUGAAUAACCUUAGACAAGCACUGUAUUCAGCUGUACUGCGUAAUGAAUUAGCUUGGUUUGAGAAACCUGAGAACAGUGUCGGUUCACUUACCUCAAGGAUCGUCAACGACACCUCCAUGGUCAAAACCAUAAUUGCUGAUCGUAUGUCCGUUAUUGUCCAAUGCAUAUCCUCCAUACUGAUUGCAACAAUCGUUAGCAUAUAUGUAAACUGGAGAAUGGGUCUCGUAGCAUGGGCUGUGAUGCCUUGCCACUUCAUUGGUGGCCUGAUUCAAGCCAAAUCUGCCAAAGGAUUUGCAGGUGACAGUGCUGCUGCACAUUCAGAACUUAUCGCCCUUGCUUCUGAAUCCACAACCAACAUAAAAACCAUUGCCUCCUUUUGUCAUGAAGAGCAAAUACUUGAGAAAGCUGCAUUGUCUCUGGAAAAGCCAAUGAGGCAGAGCAGGACAAAGAGUGUCAAGUAUGGGAUUAUUCAAGGUGUAUCCCUUUGCUUAUGGAACAUUGCACAUGCCGUUGCUUUGUGGUAUACAACAGUUCUGGUUGAUAAAGGUCAAGCCAGCUUUAAGGAUGGAAUAAGGUCAUAUCAGAUUUUCUCCCUUACAGUACCCUCAAUAACAGAGUUAUGGACACUGAUUCCCACUGUCCUCUCUGCCAUCAGUGUACUAACUCCUACAUUCGAAACCCUUGACCGACAAACAGCUAUUGAGCCAGAUGAACCAGAGAAUUCAAAUCCAGAGAGGAUCAAAGGGGGCAUCAAAUUUGAAAAUGUCCAUUUUAAUUACCCAUUAAGACCAGAAGUGACUAUUCUAGACAACUUUAGUUUGACAAUUGAAGCUGGAUCAAAGGUUGCACUUGUUGGGCCAAGUGGAGCUGGAAAGUCCUCAGUUCUGGCUCUUUUGCUUAGAUUCUAUGAUCCUAGAGAAGGAAAUGUAUUGAUCGACAACAAGGAUAUAAGAAAAUACAACCUUAGGAAAUUAAGGAUGCAAAUAGGAUUUGUGCAACAAGAGCCACUUCUUUUUAGUUGCUCAAUUAGAAAGAACAUCUGCUAUGGGAAUGACAAUGCUUCUGAAGCUGAAAUUGUGGAGGUGUCCAGGGAAGCAAACAUACUCGAGUUCAUAAGCAAUUUGCCAAAUGGAUAUGAUACAGUGGUUGGGGAAAAGGGAUGCCAACUUUCCGGAGGACAAAAGCAGAGAAUAGCCAUAGCUAGGACUCUACUAAAGAGGCCCGCAAUUAUACUCUUAGAUGAAGCAACAAGUGCCCUUGAUGCAGAGUCUGAAAGAGCCAUAACGAGUUCUCUGGAAUCAAUAACGUCGAUUGACUGUGGUGUCACGCGGAUAACUGUUGCACACAGGCUUUCCACUGUUAUAAGCUCGGAUACUAUUGUUGUCAUGGAUAAAGGAAAGAUCGUGGAAACUGGAACUCACUCAACCCUCAUAGCGGCAUCUGAGGGAGUUUAUUCAAGAUUUUACCGGCUCCAGAGCUUCAGCCAAAAAUAAUACAUCUAAAAGCCCCCACCACACGCAUCCACUUAUACCAGUUCAUUUUGUCAAAUGACUGAGUUCAGAUUCAUGCACACAAUGCUUUUAUCAGUUAUCUUUUUAUAAUAAAAAAAGUAGACAAGUGUUACAGUCCCACCAGAGAAACUUUGAGUCAUUGA